AUGGAGCAGCGGCGCAUAGCGUAUGACGUACUGCCCCUGUACUGCCAGCUGCGGCAGGCGCUGCUGCAGGAGGACCUGGCCCCGCCGGCGCGCCUGGCGGUGCUGCGGUCUUACGCGCGCGGCGUCAGGCAGAUCCUGAUGUCAGGCGGCAGUGACGACCCUGAGGAGGCGUCGACGGCGCCGUACGAGGCGGCGGUGUGGCACCUGCUGGAGCUGUUUUUCCUGGAGCCUGAGAGCACAGAGGGCUUCUUUGCAGAGCUGUUCGCCCGGUGGCUGCGGCUGCACGGGUCGCUGCUGGUCGGCCCGGCGAGCCCCACCCUCACAGAGCGCGUCGAGGCGCUGCAGGCGGCACCCAGGGUCGAGGCGGAGCCCUCGUACUGGCCGACGCUGCAGCGCCUGCUGGCGGUGGGGCAGCUGGAGGCGGUGGGGGAACUGCUGCUGGCGCACCCUGCCUACGCUGACUCAGACGCCGGCGGCCUGCAGCGAGACCUGCUGGAUCGAGUCUUCCACCUUCUGCGCACCACGCCCCGCCUCCGGCGCCCCGCGGCCGCCGCCGCGGCCGCCGGCGCGGCGCCGCCGUCGCCGCUGGACGGGCCCUCUGACCUGGAGUUGCUCGGCCUGCCCACAGACGACGCGCUGGCGUUCCGGUCCGCGCGCGGCGCGUGGGGGCGGCGCGUGCGGCAGCUGGCGGCGGAGGGGGGCGGGCUGUGGGAGGACGCGGCGGCGGUCGACCCUGAGGGCGCAAGGGGGCUACGCGCGCUGCUGUCGAUCCUCAACGGCGACGAGCGCGCGCUGCGCGACGCGGCCGCCAACUGGGCGGAGCUCCUCUCGGCGCUGCUGUUCUGGCGCUACACCGACGCCAACCCGCAGCUGCACCUCGAGCAGCUGCUGGGCAGCGCCGCGGACCAGGUGGCGGCGGCGGCGGCGGGCGGCGCGGCGGACGCGGAGGACCAGAAUGAGGGCUUCUUGGAGUUUCUGAGGGAGCUGCUGCUGCUGGCGUCGCAGCUGGAAGUGCAAGGGGUGGUGCGGCUGACCACCAACUCGCCCUACUGCGGCCUGUGGUUCGUCGCCCACGCAUACGACGUGCUGCGGGGGUACCCCAGGGCCGAGGCGCUCUUCAGCCGCACGCUGCCCCACCUCGGCUGUGACCAGGCCGAGAUGUACACGCUGCACUAUGUCGAGACCCUCACGGCCUCUGACGGCACCUGGCAGGUCGCGGCUGAGUACCUUGCGUGGUGUCCUGUGUACGGCGCCGACGCGACCGAAGCGCUGCUGGCGCGCCUGCCGUUCUCCAUUGAUGACGAGGCGGCGGCCCUGAAGGCCCUCGCCCUGUGCGACCGCCACGGCCUCUCCGCCGCCGCGCGCGCGCUCUGCGGCCGCCUCGCCGCGCGCGCGGCCGAGGCCGGCCUGCCCGGCGCGGCGCUGCGGUGGGCGCUGCGCGGCGGGGACGGCGCGCGGGGCGCGGCGCUGGUGGCGCCGGUGGUCGCUAAGCUGCGGGAGCAGCUCGAGGAGCGGUCCGGCGGCCCCGACGCGGCGCCCCUGGACCUUCCGGAGCUUGAUGAGCUGGCGCCGCUCCUGGACUGCCUCCCGCCGCUGGCUGGUUACGACGCGUCUUUGGCUGCAGCAGAUGACAAAGGCGGCGGCGGCGCUUCCGCGGGGGAGUUGCUGGCGUCGGGCGCAACGCCCUCGGCCGCCGCGGCCGCGGCCGCAGCACGCCGGCGGCGGGCGCGGCACCAGCUGGCCAGCGGGCCGGCGGUCGCGCACGCUGAGCUGCAGCUGCUGCGCGGCUGCCUGCGGCUGCAGGGCGCGCUGCGGGCGCUCGCGGCCGCGCAGGCGGCGCAGGCCGCAGCCGCGGGCGAGCGGCACAAGCAGCAGCGGCGGCGGCUCGAGGGCGGCGCCGCUCCUGCCACAGCAGCGCUGCGUGCGGCGUAUCAAGCCGCUCGGGCGCCUGUGAUGGACCUGCUGGGUCUUCCGCUCGCGCCGCCCCCGCUGCGCCUGCCGCUGCUGCGGCACGCGGCGCCGCUGCUGGAGAGCGCGCACGCGCCGUUCUCGCGGCGCGACGUGCAGCGGCUGCUGCAGGUGCUGGGAGCGUCGCUCGCCGCGCGGGACGCGGCGCGGUGCGAGGGGGUCCCCGCCGACAGCGGCGAGGGCGGCGGGUUUGCCGGAGAUGCUUGGGCAGAGGGCGGCGGCGGCGGCAGUGGGCAGGGCGGGGUCGGGGACGUGCGGCUGGCGCUGGCACGGGCGCUUGCGCGGGCGCACGUGCGGGAAGCUUCUGCGGAGGCGUGA